AAUACCCUUCCCAUUCCGUAACGUAAUCAAUAACUGGGGCACUUAUGACGAAAAUUGCCAACAGUUAUGCAUGUAUACCCGGGGUUAAUCUAGUAUCUUGAAAAUUAUUCGGUCCCGAGGAAGUUGCGAUAAGGCCUCUCCGUCCACUAGCCGUUCUCUAUCUUCGGGGAGUUCCUCUUUAGAUAAACUUUACCGCACUAUUCUUCCAUGGGUUUCCAACUACGUGUUCGAGAACCGCGCAUUCCAGCAGCCGCCUAGUCCCUCUCCUAUUCCCCCGCCCAGCUCCACAAAUCCACCUGCCUGAAGCCCACCUUGACAUAUUUUGGCCUAGUUCGCAUCUCAAUCUGACCUAAAGUGCUCAUGCUUUUAGGCAUAGCUGUGAGACCAGCUCAAAAUCCUGAAAGUCCUGGGUUCGUGUCCCCGUCCCGCCGUCUUGUCUUCGUUCCGUCGUUCCGUUGUGUGUGUCUUCCUCCAUGCCCACCCACUCUGUGAGCGCUCCCAUCGGAGGCCAGACCAAUGGUGGGGCCAAGGUGAUGAUCCAGCCAUGUGCCAGCCCCAUGGCCUGUCCCGCUCGCCCAGCUCCGCGCUUUUAGUCCGCCCCGUGCGCCAUUUGGGCCGAGAAAAGGCUGUGCCUGGUGGGAACGGCCUCCGAGGUCACUACGACGGGUGCGCUUACCUCGCCUGCCUGGUCUCAUCCGACUCGGGAGAGAAAGGUCGGCGGCGUGACGGUGACCGGAGAGUACUCCCUUGGCGGCGAGUGGCCUUUUUUUACGGAUUGGGUGGACUUGAAGGCCAGAAGGCGGACCUGGUUUCGUCCUCCUUGUCCUCGUCCUCCUCUGCUACCCGUUCUCCUCGUUCGUCUUGGUUGGAGUCAGCAGUCUUUUUGGCCCCUGAAAGUUUGCCGUCUGUGAAGAUUGCCAUCACUUGUAAUCCCGAAGCUUGGACAAAUUCCCGAAUCUUCGUCCUUGAGGAUGGUCCCUAUGAUGCUACGGGCCCGAUCCGGUUGUACCAACCUUGGGAUCAGUACAUAAUUGGCCCCCGAUUUCAUUCAGGAUGAAUCAUCUCGGGAGUGGAUCGAGCCGUGGUUCCAUGGUCAACCACGUGGGCUUGUCUGAAUCCCUUCAAUAUUGUGAGAACGUCCAACACAUGAUCGAGAUCAAUGCCGAUCACUUGGAGCGCCUCCGAGCGUCGCCCGCUUCCGUCGGACAUCUUUACUCCGCGGGUUCAGAAAUCACCAAGCAAGAAAUCCGUACCCUCGAGGGCAAGCUCGUGAAGCUUUUCAGCCAACAAUUGGCCGUUCGAGCCUCCCUGUCCUCCCAGGAUCAAGAGGCGUGUCCCACGCUCAAGAAGUUUCCGUUCUUGUCCAAAUGGUUGAGCGUCGUAGGCAUUACCAAAGACUCGCAGAGCGCCAUUUCGAGUCGUUGGAACUCGUUGGAGCAACUCAAGGAGCAGACCGAAUCCGAGUUGAACCGUCAACUUUUGGCCUCGGCCUCCAAAUUAUCCGUGACCCAGAGAAACGAGGACUUGCGUCGUCUUUCGCGAGCUUUACAAAACCUGCGCAAAUACACGGAUCACCUAACCCUCCAUGGGCUGGCCCGUGCGGGUGGACUUGUGGGCGGUGAUGUAGUCAAACUCGAUCUCCAUUGGGACUCUUGGACUAGUGCCUCUUCGUCCUCGCCCAGACUGUCGUCCGAGUGCUCGUCGCCCAAAAGUGAUGUGUUCGUGCCCAAUAAUAACACGGCUUCGGUUGUGAAUACCGGACAUGUGGUGAAUUAUCCGCCUCGAGGCGAUUCGGCUUCGUCCUCAAUGAGCUCGAGUAAUUCCUCACUGCCUCCGCCUUCACCUGGCCUGACCUUGUCACCUCCCGUCAUGCCAUGGCCGGAGCGGAAAGCCACGCCCCCGACCACGCCGCCGUGGUCGGCUGUCGCCUUGUUCAACAAUAAAGCUCAAAACCAAAAGUUCCCUACCACACCCCCUCCCAAUAAAAAACAUUCCAUUACGUCGAGCUCUUCGCGGUCGGAUUAUCCCUUGACCAAGUCCAAGUCUCACGAGUGCGAAUUAGGCAAUCGGAUCAUUAAUACCAACAAUAGCUCGUCGGCUAAUAGUGGAAGCGAGGUCACGAUGUCCAUGCAUCAUAAACCUUCAGUCUUGCCCACCACACCCCGUCCAGCUACCAUCGACGAGAACGGAGAGAACCGUUUGCAUUCAACGAUACCUUCAUCAUCCUCGGCGUUUACCUCGGCGUCGAUAUCGUCUUCGACUUCGUCCACCUCUUCGAGAAGAAAGCACCUGACCACGGAAUCGGCAUUCUAUAUUGAAGACCCAGUGGACACGGGUCCCUCUCCCGUGGCUUCUCCACAUCCCUUCGAUCCGAGUUUCGAUCACUCCAACGCGUUGCUCUCCAUACCGAGAUCACCGAGGACCCCCCGAAGCAUGGGUCAUGCCAUCAAGCAUAUCUUCAAGAAAACCCUGAAACCGGGAAAAUGUGCCCUGUGCUCGGAAUAUAUGUUCAAUGGCUUAAAAUGCAAAGAGUGCAAGUUCAAAUGCCACCGUGAUUGCGAACCUCGAGUGCCUCCGUCGUGCAGUCUUCCGGACGAUUUGGCAGACUUCUAUUUCCGAAGCAUCACGAAAGAUGGCUCGCCUAUUCUUCCCCCUCGGAUCCACAACCCCUCCUCCUCAACCAUUCACUCGGACCACCCCAUGCGAAUGGGAGCGGGCUCUCAAGCCAUCAUACAUCCUUAUCCAGAAUCCUCUUCGAAUACCUCCAGUUGCAAUUCUUCCACGCCCAGUUCGCCAGCCGUUGUCGUGACCUCGCAACCGUCCGGCUCGCACUCGGCCACGAUCUAUCAGAGUCGAUGCGGAAAUAAAUUUACCUUCCCGGAUCCGCCUCACGGACUCAGACCGCAAGAUCCUCUCUCCUAUCAUUUAGGUCAGCCGCCGCCGAAAGUGACCAGCCCCAAUUCGAUCAUUGACUCGGUCAAAUCUUGUGAUAGUGACAAAACGUUGUCGGUGUCAUCUCUCACAGGUACUUCAGGUUCCUCAGGAUCGGCGGGCACUGCCUAUCGACUUGAUUCGCAAGAUUCGACCGCCUCCGUUGAUGAUGGGUCGAGCACGUGGAAUGCGGGGAGGCAAACCUCGAUUUCAAUCCGAGAGUGGGACAUACCUUACGAAGAACUGGUCAUUUUGGAGCGAAUUGGAACCGGGCGAUUCAGCACAGUCCAUCAAGGCAGCUGGCAUGGAGAUGUGGCGAUUAAAAUCCUGGACAUGGAGAAUAUGGAGGAUGAAGCGACUUUAGAAGCUUUUCGAUUGGACGUGUCUACAUUUCGGAAAACGCGCCAUGAAAACUUGAUCCUUUUCAUGGGAGCGUGCAUGAAUCCUCCCAAACUAGCUAUAGUCACAAGCUUGUGCAAGGGUAAUACCCUGUACACCCACUUGCAUCUGCGCAAGGACAAAUUCCCUCUCAACAAAGUGAUAAUAGUGGCCCAACAAAUCGCUCAAGGAAUGGGCUACCUCCACCAUCGAGGGAUUGUGCACAAGGACUUAAAAACGAAAAACAUCUUUCUUGAAAAGGGUCAUGCCAUCAUAUCCGACUUCGGUUUGGUCAAUGUGGCUCGGCGACUCUGCGCGCGGCACACGGCCGGCAAUCGAUCUACUCCGAGGGAGAGCAUGAGCAUUCCUCAAGGAUGGCUGUGUUAUUUGGCGCCCGAGAUCAUGCGUGCCCUUCGUGUUCACCCGACCGAGGGUGAGGACCUACCCUUCACUAAAGCAAGCGACGUGUUCGGCUUUGGUACUGUGUGGUAUGAGAUGCUCACCGGGGAGUGGCCCUGGAAGAAUCAACCGCCAGAAACGAUCAUUUGGCAAGUGGGCAAAGGCAUGAAGCCGUCCUUGGCCAACUUGCAGUACUCGCGAGAUGUGAAAGAUAUCCUUCUGAUGUGUUGGACCUAUCGUCCGGACGACCGACCCGAUUUCACACAGUUGUCUAACACGUUAGAGAAGAUCCCGAAGAAGCGAGCAUUGGCUCGAAGUCCCUCCCAUCCUGUGCAAUUAUCCCGCUCUGCCGAAUCCAUGUUUUAGAGAAAUGCUUCAAAGACGUAAGCGAUUACUCCUCUUGACCCUUCCUCUCGCUCUCUCAUCUUCUAAUGUUUGCCACAUGUCAACCUCUCCGUGAUGAUUAUCAGAAAAAAACAAAAUCAAACCCAUACAUUCGCAUUUGACAUAAAAGUUUUGAAAAUGGGACAUCUUUGAGUGAUGAUUUCUUGCAGUUCAUCCACCCCCCUCCAAACCCAACAAUCUAGUCCACAACUCUUAUGAAUAUUACGAUCCUAUUUUUACCAAUGAUUAAAACACAUUUCCCUGCCAA